AUGACUACAAAAGAGGUCAAUGUUGGUACAAAAAAGUUCCAUUGUAAAGAUUCAGUUGUAUCUCAUGUGCACUCUUUUGACGAUUCCCCUAUCGAUAAAUUGAAGGAAAAGCAUCAUAAAGAAAAUUCAGGCAUGACAAACAAAUGCCCACGAAUGUUUGAGAACAUGAAAAUGUUUGAUAUGACAAGGGGUGAAGUUGAAGUCAAACACUUAGAAAAUAUAUCUGCAAGCUUACUUUCUGAUAAAAUAAUAGAUAAAUCAGGAAACCAAAAUAGGGACAUCGCUGUAAUUAGACAGCAGCAAGAAGCUACUUGUUUUACUGACAGUGAAAGUGAUGUAAUACCACCAACGCCUCCUUCAACGAAAAGUGUUUCUCGCAAUAAAUUUUCCAAUCAAAAUACACUCAAUAAGAGUUUCGGUCUUAAAAGAAGUGCAAGUGAGUGCGAUCAGAGAUCGAAACGUCAUAGAAGAAUGUUGAAAAUAAGAAAACUAGAUAAAAGUCCAAAGAUAAAAAAACUUGGCGGAAAAUUUGUUCAAAGCAACCAGCACAAUGAUUUAACAUGUUUGACACCUUUACCAAGUGGCAAUGUUUUAAGAUUCGAUAAUAACCAUGAAGGCUUGAAAUAUAACGGUGAAUGCUUAGAAGACAAAAAUGAAUGCUUGGUGGAUAACUAUGAGUGCUUGGAAGGAAACCAUAGAAGCUUGGAGGAUAAUGAUGAAUGCAGGGAGAAUAAUAAUGAAUACAUGGAGGAAAACGAUGAAUGCUGGGAGAACAACGAUGAAUGUUUGGAAGACAAUGAUGUGUGCUUGGAGGACAACAAUGGAUGCUUAGAGGACAACGAUGAAUGCUUGGAGGACAAUGAUAAAUGCUUGGAAGACAAUGAUAAAUGUUUGGAGGACAACGAUGAAUGUUUGGAGGACAACGAUAAAUGUUUGGAAGACAACGAUGAAUGUUUGGAGGAUAACGAUGAACGCCUGAUGGAAAAUGGUAAAUGCUGGGAUGAAAAUGAUGAAUGUCUGGAUGACAAUGAUGAAUGCUCAGAGGACUAUGAUGAAUGUUUAGAGGACAACAAUAAAAGGGAUAUCCCUGAAGGCAGUCAAAAACAAGCCUUCAAAAAAUCAGCUAUCGACAUGAAGCGAUGUAGUUUAGAUUAUAAUCAGCGUAGAUUAUCCAUUGACAUGGGAGCCAAUGAUACAGUAGAUUAUUGGGAGGUGGUAAUGGAUGAGGUCAAUGAAUUAUUUGUUAAUGAGGAUUCAAACCAAGAGCAUGUGAAGACGAGGUUUUUUUCAAGUGAAGAGAGUCAAGAUAAUCUUAAUGUUUAUAAUGAUAGAAGUUAUAUCAAAAGUCAGUAUGAAAGAAUGAAAGAAAAUGGAUUGACUAAAUGCUUCAAACCUGAUAAUGAUGAAUUUGAUGGUGGAAGAGACACGAAGAAAUUAGAUAAUGGCAGAAGCUCUAUAAACGACGAUGAUGAAAUGUAUUCCUCUCAAGAAGAUUCAAAUGCUGUCAUACUUCGAAAACUGGGAUUUGUCGAUCAUAAACAAAGUGAAACUGAAAGUGAUGGUGAAAUGAGUGAUUCUAAAGAUGCUGAUACCACGAGUGUUUCAUCGUUAACUGAUGGCGAUGGUAUUGAAGUAUCAUCGCAGAGGAUCAAAUAUCUGUAUGAUGUACUUGCGAAAACUGGAGGAGAAAUUGCAAAGUUGACGACUGACCUUAGAAAGUUAAAAGAGAAUAGGGAGAAUAAAAAUUCAAUCCAUAACAAGAAUUUUACAGAUAUCGAACAAGAUACGUUUAUGGAUUAUGACGUGGGAAAUAAUAAACAAUCUGGUUUUCGCGAUGAUGACGAGAUUGACGAUCUUCAUUUUGACGAUGAACUGGUGUGUGUAAAGGAAUUUGAAAACAAUGUUAUAUCAUACUUGGAAACCGAUAAAGGCAUGUAUGUAGAAAAAUCAAAAUCAGUGAUUGAUAACAAUAUGAAGGUAGAUAUGGAGAAGGGAAAGAUACAGUCAUUUCUUGUUAAAAACAUCAAUGAAAAUGAGAUGGUGGAAAAGACUAAAUCGAACAUUGAUUGCAAGAACAAUAGAAAGUCGGUCGUCAAUUGCAUGGAUAAUGAGGUUAGAAAAACAGAAGAUCCUAAACCAAUUAUUGAUUGUAAUGGCGAUGAAGAAGUGGAUUUUGAAAUGACUGAGCAAUUGACUCGUCGCAUUGCCAAGGAUGAGACGACAGAAAAGUUUAUCAUUGAUUAUAAAACUGAUGAUGAUUUAGAUAUGAAAAAAACAAAUCCAAUCAUUGAUAUUAAUGAAGAUGUCGAGACGAAGAAGAGCGAACCAAUCAUUGAUUACAAUAAUGAUAAAGAAAAUAAUGAUAAAUGUGAAAAGAACAUCACAAGUGGCAUUGAACAAACUCGGUGGAAUGAAAGUCAUAUUGAUGAAUAUUUUGAAAGGAAUGAAAACAACUUUCCUCCGGUCGUCAGCACUGAAGAGAGUGAUGAAGAAGAAGAAAUCAGAAAUAGACGAUCACAAAACUCUUAUCUUCAUCUUGAUCGACGUCGUGUUGUGACACGAUGUGGCAAAAAUAAAAGUGAUCACUCUAUUAUGGGCGGUAUUUCUUGUAAAAAAAGCAAAAAGAAAAUCUUGAAGUUGAGUAAAUCGCGUGUUGGGGAAACAAGCAUGCUGAAUCUUAAUGAUAAAGAGUUUGAAAGUAACCACAAACUUUCCAGCAACAACCAAGCAGUUUCUAAGUAUUCUAACAGCAUUUCAUGUGGAGCCAAGAACGAGAAAAGAAUCUUCAUUGAUAAUGAUGAUGAGCUAGAAAAGAAAAAGAAAAUAUUGGGUAAAAAAGGUGAAUGUGUUGAUGGAGGCGAAACUGAAAUUGCCCAAGAUGAAAAUGACGCUAUCCACGCAAGUUGCCCGAUUUCUCCUCCUCCUGCAAUAGAUUCAUCUAGAUUGAAAUUAACAAGGCUUCCUCCUUCUGUAAAAAACUUGAAGAAAAUGCUUGAAAUGGAUGUUAAUGAUGAAUAUGAGAAACCCAAACGAGAUAAAUCGGUUUGUGUUCGUUCCAACUUUAGUGAAAUAUUUAGUGAAGUACGUGACAGGGUUUUAAAAGAUUAUUGUAUCGAAGACUCGUAUUUGAUGGGACCUACACCUAAUAUCCUAAAUACUCAAGUCAUAAAGCACAAGUUCGAUGAAUCGAUUUCUAUAGAUGAUGAAACAUCGCAAUGGAGUCAUGUCUUGAAAUCCCAUUUACCAUCUCAACGCGGUUUGUCCCAUAAGCCAGCUUUAACACGUGGUGUUAGUACAACCAGCUUGUUGGUUAACAAUACCGGUAUACACGGGAUAAAUGGUACUAUUUGCCAUAAGGUCAUCGAUAGUUCAUCUAAGAGCUCAGAUGAUAUAAAAAAACAAUGUAUGCCUACGUCUUUUGAUAAAGUGGAAACACAAGAUGAAUUACUUGACCAAUCUAUGUCUAAAUGUGACAUCGGAUCUACGAAAAGAAAAGAUAAGCAACGAAGUAUACUUUCUUUAAGACACAUUGAUAGCAGUGUUGAUGGAUCAGUCGGGAAACAAAUUGAGAAUGAUUUUGAUCAGACGAAGGAAACAAGGAAACUUUCUCAGAAAAGUGAUCAAACAAACAGAAGUGUUGAUAAACGUUUGUCUAAUGGAUGGAUAUCAAAAAUUGCACUUUCUAAAAAACAGAUGUUGUCGUCAACUUUUGUACAAGUUAAUGAAAGUACUCCUAACGAUAACACUUCAUCUUACCGUCUUGUUUUGACUAGACUUUCUAAGGAAUAUGUUGCUCUUGUUAGAAAAUUGGUUACGAAAUGUGGCGUCAAGUUGAUGGAUGAUGUUACUGAAGAAACAACACAUAUUGUUAUGCCCACUGAUUCACAGAUGAAAGCCUCUCGUAAUGAUUACAGUAUCAAAUAUUUGUUAGGAGUUUCACUUGGUCGAUGGAUUGUCAGUCACCAUUGGCUUAUUGCUUGUGCCAAAUCUUGUCGACUAGUUGAUGAACAACGAUAUGAAGUGAAAGGUGAUGCUCAGGCUGCUCAGUCACAUGUUCCAAAAUUGGCUCGGAGAACUCGCCAAAACAAGAAUCCACUUCUGUUUGACGGCAUUUCAAUUGUGUGUGUUGGUAAAUACAAGAAAGCUAUAACGACAGCUCAAGUUUGCCAGUUAGUUCGAUACAGCGGAGGUGAAGCUGUGGACGGCAAUACACUUAGUAUAUCAUUGCCAUUCAUAUCCGAGACCGUUGUCAUAUGCGAUGCUUCUCCAUCUGAGGAGGCUGUCUCUCAAGUUAAAGAAUUAUGUGUGAAAUAUAAAACAUUCCCUGUCAAUGUGGAGUGGAUUACAGACAGUGUUGUCAACUAUCAACUUCAAGAUAUUGAAGAGUAUCGAGUACAUAUUUGAAUUAAAUUUACGAUGAAAAAUACAUUAUGUAACGAUGUUAAAUUUCGGUGUUAAUGUACGUCAUUUAUGUAAAUUUUUCAAGAUCAUUUGUUAUUAAAUUAUCACUGUGCACAAAGAUAA